AUGGCUACAACAACAACAGAAUUUGUUCCGUUAAGAAUUGGUAUUGAUUUUGGUGGUGUACUUGCUAUUCAUGAUAAAACUCGUGUAUCAGAAGAUGAUGAACAUCAAUCCGUAGAAAUUAAUAUGCCAGAUGCAAUGACUAGUUUAAUUAAACUUAAAGAAUCAGGUCAUAAACUUUAUUUAAUUUCAUAUUGUGGUGAAAGACGUGCAAGAGAAACAAAACGUAGUCUUUCAAAAAUACUUCCAACAAAAGAUUUUUUUGAUGGAGUUUAUUUUACACAACGAACAUCGAAUAAAGUUGAUGUAUGUCGUGCAACUGGUUGUGAUAUUAUGAUUGAAGAUCGAUUGAAAACUUUAAAACAUAUUCAUACAAUAAUACCAACAAUGAAACUUAUAUGGUUUACUUCAACUGAUGAUAGUCAACCUCCAGAUAUGAUCAAGGUCGAAUCAUGGAAUGAUAUAAUGAAAACAAUCGAUGAUGUACUUAUUCAUGAAGAAAUUCGACAUCAACCUGAUAAACGUGCUGUAUUAGAUGAUAAAAUACAUAUUGUUUAA